AGAUGGCGGAUGUUUUAAAAGACUGCAUUUCGAAUUUGAAGACAUUAAUCCGUAAUUCACACUCUCUUGGAGAACAAUUAGAGUCCAUCAAUGUGUUAGUAUUGGCUAUUAACAGAUAUGCAGCAGAUCCCCUGUCUUCUAUGAUAACAAAUGUGUGUGGUACUGAUAUUAGCAGUCUAUACGAUGUCACAAUAACAGAUGGAGCACUGAAGAUGAAAUGUGUAUUCUCACCAAAUCUCAAUGAAAAGAUUCAGAGAUAUGAGAUCUGUGUUGGGAGUCUUGUGACCCUGGAAGAGUGUGAGGUGAAGGUCAGUGAGACUGACCUUGACCUGGACAGUGUCGUGGUCAUAAAUAGUGUGACAGUGAUACCAUGUGACCUGCUGUGGCACAGGGUAAUACCAGAGAGACUUGAGUGGCACUCUUUUGCCACAGAUAAAGAGAAGGCAGAAGUACCAUUGCUGGCCAAUAGAGGGAGCUACCUGUCUACGUGGAAUGUCAGUGAUCCCAGUGGCAGGUUAUGGCAGGGAAAUGCGUGUCCCAGCUUCUAUCCCAGUGGUCACUGCAACGUUUUAACACUGAAAGAGCUGUCACAGCAGUGGAAAUCACUGAAGCGCCCUCUAUCUGCUGUCAUAGUUAGGGUGCUCUGUAAAUCGAGGCUGCAGUCGUAUCCUAGGCCAGGGAAGACAGACAAGUGGCCUUAUCAGGCAUAUUUUGAGGUUGCAGACAGAAGUGGUGCCUGUACUGUAAUUCUGUGGAAUUCACUUUGUCCUGAGCUUUACAAAAGCAUCCAGGAGGGCUCUGUCCUGCGCCUCGGGAACUACAGAGUGAGGGAGAGGUUCCAGAUGCACACACGCCCCUCGCUUAGGAACAACGAUCUGGAGCAGUUUGAUAUCGAGAUCAGUGUCAACAAGCACCACCCCAUUGGUGAGGUACAGAUGGUUCCUCUGGCUAGUGUGGACCAAAACUGGCACCUGCCUGAGUUAAAGUACAGAUUUGCUAAUAGGAGGCAGCUAGGGAGCCUCCCAGAAGAUAGCAAUGUAGACAUAUGUGGUAUUAUCACUUACAUAUCAAGGUACUGCAGACUGAGAAGGAAAGGUACAGGGUGUGAAGGAGGGUUUUGGACGAUGCGUUGGUUACAUGUUCAUGAUGAAAGUAGCAGGCAGCCUGUGAUAGUCCAGCUGUUUUCAACUUCUCAGGUAAAAGAAAUAACCUUUAAUUCAAUACAGCCAUGGAAAAUUUUUGGUGAAAAUGAAAAUUUUCCUGAAUCUCAUGCCCGUUUGGCCCCUGGUCAGAUGUUGGUGUGUACACAGAUGAGGGUGAUCCAAGGACAGCUCCACACAUCUUAUCAACAGAGGUUUAUGUAUGUGACCACCACUAAUGAAUCUCAGGUAUAUACCACUGGGGACCACCACAGAGGUCAGUAUAUGACCUGUCCACAGGUCAAGGCUGUCAUCCAGUGGUGUCAGAGGUCACAGGUCAGGGACAUGGUCUCCAUGGCAACAGUUGGUGGUUACUAUGACUACCCUCCACUACCAUCUACUCUUUUGGAAUAUAAAGACUUGUUUAAUGAGGAAAAACCAUUGAGGGUAACAACCAGUGAUAAUCUGGAGACAGAACUGAGAGAUAUUUACUACAGGGAACAGAAGAGAAUCACAUUUCAGGGACUGAUAGUACAGGUGAAAUAUGUGCCCCCAGACCACACCCGACCUGGAGAGGGGGAGGAGGAGGAGGGGGAGGGAACGAUGGAGGAGAGUGAAUUCACACCAGUGGCGAGCAGGCUCAGGUCAAAGAGAAAACUCAGCCCUGCUGCGGCAACCAUUUCUCCAUCAAAAGCAACAAAGACAUUACCUCAGCAAGCUUCAAAAAAUUCUCUGCCCAAGACUACAGGGAGGACAAUGAAGAAGGCACAGUCGCCUUCAAAAGGGAAAAAGACAUCACCAAAGAAAUCAGGCUCUAGAGAAGGAAAGGACAAAUCUGCAGCAGUGGACAGGGAGAAUGAAUUAUUGUCUGAAGCAGCGGUAGAGCAGCAGGUGGUUGUAGACCCAGUGUGGCAGAGACUGCUGUCUGCUGUGACUGUCCUUGGCUCCACCAGGUGUCAGCACUCUACACCAGUACUCCACAGUGACAUGAGUGCAGUUGAAUUGAAGAAAAUUAUAGGGCUGCCACCUGAUCACUUCUCACCAGCAGACUUUGAGGAUUUCUCUUACUCUGAUUUAAAAAGGCCAUCAUAUGGAGGGCAUCUUGUAGUGACAAUAUUAGGGCUCAAUGAAAGAGUAGCUGUGAACACCAUAGUCCUUUUACCACCCCAUCUUCCACAACAUCAAAACUUUACAGACCUCUUGGCAGGCAAAUUGGAUAAAAGUGAAAAUAGUAGAAAUGAAAGUGAAACUGCUGAAAAUGAAAGUGGCAAAAAUGAAAGUGAAAGUAAUAGUCUGCCCACAGUAAAGCAGUUGAUGGACAGUGCCAGAGCAGUGCAGGGAAGGAGGGUGGUGUGUGUGGUGGACUUGUACUCUCUUGGAGAGGGAGAAGAGGUGGAAGUGAUACUGAACAGAGGUUAUGUGGCUUCUUGAUAAGAAACUGACCUUUAUGCCUUUAACUUUAUAUAACAGCAAAAACAAAAGACCUGGAAUUUCCAGCAUUUUUUUUCCUAAAUCACCAAGGUGCAUCUUAUCUAAAAGUUCAGAAAAUUGCAAUCUAAUUGUACUGGGUAUGCACCUUUAACAGAGUACAUUUAGUUUGCUCUGAAAAUUUUGCCAUAUUAAGAUGCAUGACUGGUGUUUGUAUCUGGUGGGCAUGUAUCGAUUGUGUACAUUGUAGGAUGUUACUGUAAAUAAGAAGUGUUACUAUUGGGAAGUUCAAUAAGACUAAAACAGAUUCUAUAAAUUUGUAUUUAUUGAUUUAUACAUUUACAUAUUUAAUAUAUACAGAUUUUUAGUGCUAUAGCACCACUUUUAGAAAUAGUCCUGUUCUCAGGUUUUAAUUCAUUUACAUCUUAUUUUUAAUGUUAAUGUUAUACAUAUUUUAAACACAAAAUCUCAGAUUUUGUUUCAUUAUUUUAAAUAGCUAUACUUCAGUAAAACAGUCAAUUGGGAGACUUGAUUGUAUGAAAUGUUCUUCGUUCUGAAUUUUUACUUAAUAACAAGUAAAAUGAAAAAUCUAUGUCAGAUCAUUACUUUCUGUUUUGCUAAAAAACAGUUAUGACAUUGUAACAGUUGUUCUUUUAUUUCUGAUGUGCUUCAGUGAAGUUUUUUCUUGUUGGUUCCAUUUAAACUUCAAUUUCUUUCAAUUAACAUCGAAGCUCACAGCAUAAUAUACACAGUAACUAUCAUCCAUAGGGUCCUACAUUCCAAACUCUCAUAUUGUUAAAUGGUCAAGAGAAUUUCCAGUCAAUUUUGUACAUAAAUUUGAGAAUGUA